AUGUACAUCACCCUCUACUACAUAGUCACCCGUCUCCCUGACUCCCUUCGCGUAGUCAGGGACCACUCCCUCUCAGCUUGCCCCACCACUCUCACCGUUGACCUCCUCGAGAAGGCCCUCCUAGCAGAAGAAAAGAGCAUAGUCGCUGUAGGAGCCUCUCGUGGUGACCCUCGCACCCCCAUCUUUGAGGGGUGUUCCCCCUCCCCUCUUUUGCCCUCUGUUGCCUCUGCUGCUGCGGCCGACCUCGUUGGUCUGGAGUCGGUCGGUGCGGCGUCUACCCCUAGUGGGAAGCGUCGCUCUGGCAAGGGCAAGGGGGGCAGGGGCGCUGGAGGAGCUAGCGGGGGCGGUGGAGGCACCGGUGGAGGCAGUGGAGGGGGUGGGGGUGGUGGUGGGAGUGGUGGCGGGGGUGGAGGUGUCGGCGGCGGCAGUGCAGGCGGAGGCGGCGGCGGCGGUGGCGGUGGGAGCGGAGGUGGUGGAGGUGGCGGAGGUGGAGGAGGCGGUGGCGGAGGAGGAGAAGGAGGAGGUCGUGGCUCUUCGCAGAGGAGUGGCUCCGGUGGUGGUCAGCGCCAGCAGCAGCAGCGCAGUCAUGAGACCCUGUCCCCUCAGCAGCUCCGUGAGUGGUACGCUGCACGCCAGCGGGGUGGGGGUACUGGUCCGUGCACCUACGUCCUGCGCACCGGCGACCGUGCGGGUGAGCAGUGUGGGGGUGCGCACCCCACCCAGCGCUGCUUUGGCCGCCUGACGGACGCUUGGCAUCACCAGUUCCCUGAGGCCACUGAGAUCCCUCUCUGGGGCGAGCUAUCUAGGGCAGGGGUAGCUAUCUUUGACCUUGACUUUGAUGCUAUUCUUGCUGCUAUGUAUGCUGUGUCUAUUAGUGAUGAGGGUGACUGUUACCGGUGUUUCCCGCCCGACCCGGGCAUUGAGACUGCUGCUCUAGGUGCUGGUGAGGCUGCUGCUCUUGGUGCUAGCGAGGCUGCUGCUCUAGGUGCUAGUGCGUCUGCUUCCUCCGGUACUGGUGAGUCUGCGCUCUCAGGUACUGCGUCGGCUUCGGCCACCCACACCUUCACACUUGACUCGGGGGCUUCUCGCUCCUUCUUUCGAGACCGCACCACACUCACGCCGCUUGGUCAGCCAGUUGCAGUCUCCCUGGCAGACCCCUCUGGGGGUCCUGUCCUUGCUCACUUCUCCACUGUCCUCCCGUGUCCGGCGGCCCUCUCUGGCACCCUGUCUGGUCUUUACCUCCCCUCGUUCUCUACGAACUUGGUGAGUGGUGCUGACCUACAGGAUGCGGGGGUUCACCAGUUCACUCCUGCGAGUCAGCGGGGGCGGCAGCGGGCUGCCCCUCACUCUUCCCAGUUUCCUCCGACAGAGGCCCCGCUGCAGACGCUUCACAUGGAAGUGUGGGGCCCAGCCCGCAUCCGUGGACAGGGUCACGAGCGCUACUUCCUGCUGGUGGUUGACGACUACUCGCGUUACACCAAGCGGAGCUUCGGCUCGGACUUUCCUGUUCUGCGUCUGCACUCUGACAGAGGCGGAGAGUUCUCUGGCCUUCAAAGAGCCUACUAUCGUGCACGAGGCAUCCGCCAGACCUUCACGCUUCCGAACUCUCCACAGCAAAAUGGGAUUGCAGAGCGCCGCAUUGGCAUGGUCAUGGACGUCGCCCGUACGUCCAUGAUGCAUGCGGCUGCCCCCCAUUUUCUGUGGCCGUUUGCGGUUCGGUACGCGGCGCAUCAGAUCAACCUUCAGCCCAGGGUCUCCAUGCCGGAGACCUCCCCAGCUUUGCUGUGGACGGGGAAGGUUGGCGAUGCGUCUGCGUUCCGUGUCUGGGGAUCUCGGGCGUUUGUCCGCGACUUGUCUGCAGACAAGCUGUCCCCUCAUGCUGCUCCUUGCGUCUUCCUGGGUUUCCCCCCUUACGCGCCAGGGUGGCAGUUCUACCACCCCACCUCUCGCCGUGUUCAGUCCUCCCAGGACGUCACGUUCGACGAGUCGGUCUCCUACUACCGUCUCUUCCCCUACCGCUCUCCGUCCCUCCCCCCGCCACCGCUCUUCCUUGUGCCAGGUCCCCCCACGGUAGACCCCCUCCCCCCUCAGGGUCCUGCCCCUUCAGGUGUGUCCCAGGUAGACGCUGUUGAGCCUGUCGAGGUCGCUGGUGACUCUGGUGCUGCGGAGGGUGCUGAGCCUGGGGGUGCUGACUCUGAGCCUGGGGGUGCUGAGUCUGGGGGUGCAGAGCCUGGGGGUGCUACGCCUGGGGGUGCUGAGCCUGGGGGUGCUGAGCCUGGGGGUGCGGAGCCUGAGGGAGCUGGGCCUGCUGGUGCUGUGCCUGGCGUUUCUCCGGGUGCUUCGUCUCACCGGGAGCCACUCUCUCCACAGGAGCUGCGUGAGUGGUUUGCCCGGCGCUGGAGGCGAGCUGGUGGAGCUGGAGGUGCUGCGGGUACUGGAGGUUCUGUUGCUGCUGAGGGAGCUGGUGCCACGGGUCCCGGAGGUGCUCGUACUGGGAGUACUGGAGCUGCUGGGCCUGCGGGUACUUUUGGAGCUGGAGCUGCUGCGGGUGUUGGCGCGGAGGCUACUGCUGUCGGUCCUGGAGGCGGUCCUGCUGGGGGUACUACUGGUGCUACUGGAGGUACUGGAGCUGGAGCUGCUACUGGUGCUAGUGCUGCGACUGGGGAUGCUGGUGCUGUCCCUGCUGUGUCUGGAGUCACCGGGCGGCCUCGGUCGUACUUCGUUCCGCUCCUUCAGCAGGUUCUUGGUCUCUCGUCCUCUACUGGUCCUCCUCCUCCCUUAGAGUGUCCACAGCCUGUCCCGUCGCAGUUACAGUUACAGCCGGCCUCCCCACUGCCUUCUCCAUCUCCCUACACUGGUCCUACUGGAGGUCUUGCUGAGCGUCGUGAGCCUGCGUCUCGCCCUGCGUCGCCUGUCCGUGCUGCUCGCACUAGUGGUCGCGGUUCGCGUCAGCGUCCUCCUCCUGUCCCUGGCACGCACCGGAUGUCUCUGCGUCCGUCCACUGCUCCUCUGCGUGCCCCUUUGCCUUCUCCUCCUGAGUCUUCUCUUCCUGCUCUUGCCGACCCGGAGUCGGGCUCUCUUCGUGCUGCCAGUCCUACUGUCACGCACCUCCUUGCUACUUUUGUCACUGACCCUUCCUUUGAGUCUAGUGCUGCAUCUGCCUUAGUUGCUGAGCUUGUCGACUUUGCUGCUCGCUGUCGCCUAGACUACGCCGCCAGUCUUGUUGCUGAGUCUGAGUCUGUCUGUCCUCCGUCCGUCGGGGGUGAGUGUGCCCUUGGCACGGACGUCCUCGAGGACAGGCAGAAGGAGUUCCAGUGCUUGGCCGCUGCUUCACCUCAUCUCGUGUCCAUACUGCUUACCCCUGAGGGAGACCCGGAUGCACUUGACAUCCCGACUCCGCGCUCUUACGCGGAGACGAUAGAGGGUCCCUACUCCUCUUAG